AUGAGGACUGUAAGGAAGGCCACUCCAAUUCAUCAGUCUUCCCAACUCGAAGAACUACCAAAUCCUAACAUUAUGCUACCGAGACGAUCGCCAUCUUCAUCGCAUCUACCUUCAUUGCGUGAGGGAUCUUCGGAUUGUAACGUGCCGUCAAGAAUUACAACACCUCAUGCCUUUUCAGACACUGAACAGGGAAAAACCGAAAUAAUAGCACUGGUGGGAUUGCCUUCACAUCCAAGACGAGGGAAGUUGUUCAAAUCGGCCUUAGAGAAAAGAAGCUUCCACGAAAACUCUUGGCUACCAAAUCUUAUUAAAAGAGACUUGAAAGAGAAUGUCCAACUACUGCCGGCACCUUCAUCUGAAUGGGUAGAGAGAGUACAUCGCCCACAACACUACGAACUUACUAGAACAAUUUCACAUCCAGUCAUUUUUAACGAUGGAAAAUUUUCUCUCGUCACAAAAAUGAACGAUACAUGCUCUAAAAGUUUGCCUCGACUCAACAACGGAGAGACUCCAAGCAAAGGAACCGAAGAAAAACAUUCAGCUGACCUCAGAAGACAUAUCGAAAAAGAAGAGUUGGACUAUGAUUUAUUCACGACUAAAGCUGUAAUUUUGGAGCGCUUUUUAAACAGUCAGAGUUAG